CUUUAGUUACUGAACUCAGCAGUAUUAAACUGUAGCCCCUUCGGACCGGUCGUAUGGCAACGCGAUUGGCUAUAUGCGGAACUAAUGACGAAAGUUUAGUUUCGUGAAUUAUUUUGGAUGUGUUUUAUGACCUUGUUCUGUGCAAAAUUUAAUGGAAUUUAAAACAUAGGUUCGCGUAACUAAAGCAAGACCCAGUUCAAACAUUGUGCAUGAAAUCCAUCACUAAAAUGUGAUUCAAAUUUGAUAUAUUCAAGCAAAUCAACAUGGAGUCUACAGCUACCACGAUCCAAGAUGACGAUGGGGUUUUACAAAGAAACGCUAUCGAGAUUCCUCAUUCAAGUGAUUUUGAGGUUGUGUACACGUGGGAGAUGGACUUGAAUCGAAGUCUACUCAGCGCGGCGACGAUGCUGGUACCCCGCAGUACAGCUAUCCCGACCUCGACCAACGCCAUGUCCAUGUGGGCGUACAACUCCUGGGUGUGUCUCUUCGGAGCAAUGUUGGCCGUAGCCAUUGGAGGGAAUGCCAUCGUCAUAUGGAUUGUUACAGCCCACAGAAGAAUGCGUACUGUUACAAAUUAUUUCCUGGUAAAUCUCUCGUUUGCUGAUCUUAUGAUGUCCUCACUCAAUUGUCUCUUCAACUUCAUCUAUAUGCUGCAUAGUGAUUGGGUGUUUGGCGUACGUUAUUGCAAGCUGAGUAACUUCAUUGCUAACGUGACAGUUGCCGCGAGCGUGUUCACACUCACUGGGAUAUCAUUUGAUAGGUAUCAAGCGAUCGUUCGGCCGAUGCGACCUAGAAUGUCAAAGAGUUGCUCUCUCAUCAUGAUCGCUGGUAUAUGGGCUACAGGCAUGCUUCUCGCCAUUCCAUGCCUAUUAUAUUCUACCACAAAGGAGUACAGGUCAAGAGGAAGACUACGUACGGCGUGUCUGCUUUUAUGGCCUGACGGAUUGCCAGAUGUCUCCCAUAUGGAUUUUAUAUAUCAAGUGUUGUUCUCGGUGGUGACGUAUGCCAUACCAAUGCUGGGGAUGACUUUCUUUUACUCAGCGAUGGGGAAGGUACUGUGGGGCUCCCGUUCGAUAGGAGAGCUCACGCAGCGGCAAGUCAAUUCAAUCAAAUCAAAACGGAAGGUUGUGAAGAUGUUCAUCUUAGUGAUAGUAAUAUUUGGCCUGUGCUGGCUGCCCUACCAUUCCUAUUUCAUCUACACACACUUCUAUCCGACUGUGUUGUACAUGAAAUACAUUCAACACGUGUAUCUUGGCUUCUAUUGGCUGGCGAUGGCAAACGCGAUGGUCAAUCCUAUCAUAUAUUACUGGAUGAAUGCUAAAUUCCGGUCAUACUUCCGCACGGCAAUUCUUUGUCGAUGGCGGGUGGCUUGCUAUCGACGGAAGAUAACUCUCCCAGAAUCUCCUCCCGACCUCGUCUCCCACUCUGGCAGCAGAUCCAGAUCAGUAUACGUCUCUACAGGUACAGAGGAAGUCAAAGGAUUAAGAGGAAACCCAGUCGGCUUGGCGGACUGGUACAAGGACCAGCCAUCGCAGAGACAGCCUUCGCUUGCUAACUGCCCUCGAUGCCCACAUGGGAACUAUGAUGCUUAUAUCCAUGGACGAAAAGCGUGAACGAUUACAUACAUUUCCUGCCGACCAUUUAUUUUAUUAGCUUAUAUUUAUUUUAUAAAUGUUUAAGAAAAAUAGAUAAGGUAACAUUUUGGCUGUCUUUGACAGCUGAAGAUGGAAUGUUAAGUUGUCCGAGCUGUCUCGACCAUAAACUUAGAAUAUUCUGGAAUUAUGGAGGGUAGAGGCAAGGAGAAUUAUCUGUGUAUAUGAAAAAGUGUCCGUCAAAAUUUAUUAAAUUGGGUGGCGCUACAGUCGCAUGAGGGUAGAUCUUAAAAGAAGCGCCAAAUAUAAAAUCACUAUAGGCACAGUAGACAUAUGAACCAGACGGAAACUACGUACUCUCUACACUUACACAAACAUGCGCAUUGACGAGGCCCCUAAGCGGUUUUCGCGGUCAAAACGAGGCGAGUGUCAUGUAUCUAUAAUAUUGCAUUAUACGCUGUAUAGCUAUCAUACAUAUACUAUACAUAAAAAUGUUACGUACUUUUCUUUCUUUCGCUCCGCAACGCCCCAUGAGGAACUUCGUUCCAAAACUCCUUAUUUAAAUAAGACUCCGACUUUAAAGUCGGUUAGAAAAAUAACCCGACAGCCCUGCUUGCUUCAAUAGAGUGUACGCGCAUGUAGGUAAGUAUUUUAUCAACAAGGCUUAGUUUCCAUACUGAUAUAUGUGUCUACUAUGCUAUAGGUGCACGUUUUCCAGUAAUAAUUAUUUAAGGUUAUAUUUACUACAUUAUUUUGUACAACGUAAAUUGUUGAAUUUUUCUAUAAUUAACUACUAUGGUCGACAAUCAUUUUUAACUCGGCAUACUUCAAUUCGUCUACAAUUGCUACGUUCAUACCAUACCCUGUGCCUACACCAGCACCAUUGUGGAAGCUUCUUGAACUGUUAUUUACAGCAAAGGCUGGACAGUUUUUCAACUUUCCUCCCAUAUGAGAUGAUUGUCGUAGCCUCUACCCCCUUAACUGUCAUAUACACAAUCUGAUGAUUGCUAGUUUGUUAUUCAACGUGGCUGACUUUUUACGACUUAUCAAUCAAAAUCAGUUACAGUAACAAAUGAUUCGCUUUCUAAUUCCAUGUUGCUUUACCUCCGUUGGAGAUGCUAUUCUCUCUUGCACACAUUGUUCGUAUAUACGCUAGUACAUAAGAAAGACACUGGGAUCACACACGAGUAUCAUCAGUGAGUAGGUAUUUUGUAUUCUAUUAAUUUCAAUGUAAAUAACACGAAGUGUAUGUAACAAAAUUUUAAAAAUGCCAUUGAGUGUCAAGAUGCCGCCACGCACACAAGAAUCUAAUAGUUGCCGCAAUAAAAAAAGCUAUUAUUAUUAGGUAAUGCGGUAUCUAGUUAAAGCGCAGCGGAAACCAGUCCUUAAUCUUUAAGUCCUUAGUUGUAAGUAUAUGGUCUUGACUAAAGUUUUAAAGUUUGAAUAUCACUACAUAUUAUUCGAUUUACUCAUAAUAUUAAAAAUCAUUUGAGUGAGGUUCAAACAAAAUGAGAAUGCCAUUAAAAGCGUGGACUUCAGAUUAUUAUUGGAAGAAGAAUAAACAGUAUUAUCCUACGAAAUUGUAUGUGUUAUGUACUAUUUUAUAUAAAUAACAAUUUAUAUAAAGUAUUAAUGUUAUAUAUUAUCAGGAAAGUCAUUGAACUAGACCAUAAUAUUGAAUUUUGUCGUAAUGAUAGAUAAAAUAAAUGUCUGCUUCGUCGCGCGAUUGAGUUUUUUUGUAUGUAUAUAAAAAAAAUAUAUAUAAAAUGUUAUGUAUAAAUUCUUUAUAUAUAUAGGUAUAGAUGUUUGUAUGUAAAUAUGUAUAUAGUUUAGAAACAUGAAUUAUAUUACCUGAAACUAACAGGUAACCGCAUCUCCGGCGAUAUUUCGAUUCUUACGGAGAAAACUUAAUACAUUUCUGACUUAUAUUUUGUUAGGCUUGUAAAUACGUAAAUAAUUGUUACAAUUACGAAGGAAUAAGUAGUAAAUUAUGCAUAUAAGAAUGUAUUUCGAGUUAAUGCUCAAUGUAGAUAAUAUUCACUUUAUUUUUAAUUUUAGUUGUGAUAUAUAUUUGAAAGAUGUAUAUUUUCAAAUUAUAUCUACAUUUCAAAUACUUUUACUUCGUUGUUCUAUAUAUUAAAUUAUAUUUGAACGAUUUGUCCCACGGCAGCGAGUUUUUGACAGUUCAUUUUCGAUAUUCAUAUGAUGAUUCAGAACUUGAAUAGCUGUUUCUCUCCGAAAAAAUCAGAUUACUUAAUUAUUCCAUUAAACUUUGGUAUUCUUAAGGUAGAGUCCUUUAACAUCAUCAAAUAUUAGUUAGAUAACACUUGUUAUAACAGAGAUAUACUGUACCAGCGAUGACACGCUGGUUUUGCCACGUUCCUCUUGAGAUGGUCCCGGAAUAGGGUAAAGUAAUUCUUUAGAUAGUUUCGCCGCGCGUCAAGAUGACUUGAAUCUGAAUAUCUAUACAAUACUGGUGGACGGCGGAAACAGGCACGGCUGUGUUACCUAUAUUGUGUUAAGAAGCCUCCUAUUCGUAAAAUUUCCAUUCGUCCACCACAACGGUACCACAACGGCGCCUAUUUCUGCCGUGAAGUAGUAAUAUAUAAGUAUUAUUGUGUUUCGGACUGAAGCGCGCCGUAGCUAGUGAAAUUACUGGGCAAUUGAGACUUAACAUCUUCUGUCUCAAGUGUGGGAUAUUCAAGAAUCCUGAGCGACACUACGGGAAAGGCGUAUCAAUUACUAUCAGUUGAACGUCCUGCUCGUGUCAUACCUUAUUGUCAUAAAAAAACUGUUUAUUGACAAUUUUUCACCAAAUCUCUAAGUCACCAGUCUCUAAGAGUUAUCCAUAAAAAUUGUAAUGAUACAUAGUCAUUCUUUCUGUUAACAAAGCGUAUACUUGAGUCAUUACUAUAAGUAUUUGUGGAUAAAGUUAUAAUUAUAUAUAUAUAUAUAUUUUUAUGGAAUAGGAGGACAAAUGAGCGUACGCGUCACCUGGUGUUAAGUGAUCACCGCCGCCCACAUUCUCUUGCAACGCCAGAGGAAUCACAAGAGCGUUGCCGGCCUUUAAGGAAGGUGUAUGCGCUUUUUUUGAAGUUACCCAUGUCGUAUCGUCCCGGAAACACCGCACAAGGAAGCUCAUUCCACAGCUUUGUAGUACGUGGAAGAAAGCUCCUUAAAACCGCACUGUGGAGGACCGCCACACAUCCAGAAGGUGGGGAUGAUAUCCUAAUUUUUCUAUUAUAUUAUUAUUUUUUUUUAUUAGUUUUCGGUUAGUGUAUACUGAUGCAUUGUAAAAUUUGUAUCUUUUUACUUUAAUUGGAGGAAGAUAAUAAUUUAUAAGUAUCUCGAUAUUAUAAGAAAUUUUUAUAAUAAAAUGUCUAUAUGUAUUAAUAUUUUAAUUAAAUCUAUAUAUAUAUAUGUACUUGAAAUAUGUUAACAUAUUUUU